AUGGCCUCUUCUUCCUUCGCCGUUUUCGCGGCUCAAGCCAGCUGCUGGCUCCUCCUCCUCCUCUCCCACGGUGUCUCCGGCUGGUCCGAUGCCGGUGCAACGUGGUACGGCCCCCGCAUCGGCGGCGGCAGCGACGGAGGAGCAUGCGGGUACCAGCGCGACGUGGAGAGCCCGCCGUUCUCCGCCAUGAUCACGGCCGGCGGCCCCUCCCUCUACAAGAACGGCAAGGGAUGCGGCGCUUGCUACGAGGUGAAAUGCAGCUCCAAUGCUGCUUGCUCCGGCCGCCCAGUGACCGUGGUUGUCACCGACCAGUGCCCCGGCGGGCCGUGCCUGGCCGAGGCCACCCACUUCGACCUCAGCGGGAAGGCGUUCGGCGCCUUGGCCAAGCCCGGUCAGGCCGACAACCUCCGCAACGUCGGCAACAUCAAAGUCCAGUACAACCGGGUUCCAUGCAACUGGCGAGGGGUGGCCUUCAGGGUCGACGCUGGCUCAAACCCGAACUACCUGGCGGUGCUCAUCGAGUAUGAAUCCGGCGACGGCGACCUGCAGGCGGUCGAGCUCCAGCAGCGCGGCGGCAGGUGGGUGCCGAUGCAGCAGUCAUGGGGCGCGGUGUGGAAGUACCAAGCCGGGUCCACCCUACAGGCGCCCAUGUCGAUCCGCCUGACCUCCAGCUCUGGUAGGAAGCUCGUCGCCACCAACGUCAUCCCCUCCGGCUGGCAGGCUGGCAAGACCUACCGAUCCAUCACAAAUAGUUAG